AUGGCAACCAUUAGACUUUUCAAAACUACUGUGACUACCACUCGCGUCAUUCGAGGUCUUGCCGUGCAACGCAGCCUACAGCCCAUCUCUUCAACACGUUUUCAGAGCUCUGUUCCCAAAAGAACAGACGCUGUGAGCAAAAUCAAUGCUGCUACUGCCAAUAUGUCUUCGGCCAAUGCAGGUACUAUCUCAGACACGAUCAAGCAUGACUAUGAGGAGCUGAAGGAGUACUACCAUAAUAUCCUCAGUGCAAAGGACGAUGAUUCGAAAAUUCGUUGGCAAAAUCAAUUUACUUGGGAGUUGGCUCGUCAUUCUAUCGGGGAGGAACUUGUGGUCUAUCCAGCUAUGGAGAAACAUAUGGGUGAGGCAGGAGGGCAUCUCGCGCAGAGAGACCGAGACGAACACAACAAGGUCAAAGAACUGUUGUACAAGUUCCAAGGAUUGUCUCCCACAGACAAGGAGUUUGAGCCAACCAUCAAGUUGCUCUGGAACGUGUUAGGCAGGCACAUCGAGGAGGAGGAAACCGAAGAUCUACCGAAAUUGGAGCAAGCGAUGCCAGAAGGCAGCUCAGAGAAGAUGUCCAAGAGCUUCGAGAGGACCAAGAUGUUUGUGCCGACACGCAGCCAUCCUUCGGCGCCAGACAAACCUCCCUUUGAAACAGUUGCCGGACUUAUGGCUGCGCCUUUGGACAGGCUAGGCGAUAUAUUCCGACGCUUCCCAUAA